UGAAUCAGACUGAGUCUGAAUCCAUGUUCAGAGAGGAGAUGACUAUGUGGCUGUCUACUCGUGUGAAAAUAUAAUAACAAAGUGUACGAUUUACAAAUUCACGACGAUUGUUUAUAAAAAAUAUUUACAGUUUUUAAUAAACAUUUUAAUGCAGGCCUAAUCUUAUUCCUAACAUUCUUCUAAUCAGAUAUCAACAUGUAGUUAUAUUAAAUAAAAUAAAAAUAAAAAUGAAUAAUGAAUACAUUCGUAUGAAAAAGAUGAAUUAAUGAACGCACAAAUAGUACUAAGAGUUUAAAAACAUGCAGAAGCAUCAUGCUAACGUUAGGCGGCGCUCUAUUAAAGCGCAAAGUCCUGCUUAUCUCCAAGACAACCAACAAUGUUCAAGGAAUGUUUUAGCUUGUUUAUUUGAGCGAUACGGUUAGAGAGUAUGGCAUAGAGUGAAUUAUUAAUAUUAUUAUUUGUUGUAUUUUUAAGAGAACGUUCAUUUCUGUAUUUAUAGGACAUAAACAAAUUCACAACUUUAUUUUUGUCUAUUUCACAUACUCCUUUUACCCUGAAAUGAACGAAUCCUACUACGGAGAAGGCUAAGCUAAUGAAUAUUAAUUAGUCAUUGCAACCGUUGCUUAGCAACCUUCCUGCAGCGUCCAGUCACGAGCUUCGUUAGUAUUCAUGAGCCAGUCCCUCGCCAUAGUAGGAUUCUGUGUCCAUUCAUUGAUGGCAACAAUGUAUCCGCUGCUCCGUGAGGAUCAGGAUGUGAGUCGUGACUGACGUUCAGUUCACUCAGCUUAAGUUCUGGAGACUCUCUGAAAUUAAGCAGGGGAGAAAGAAAGAGGACUCUUCAGACUUACUAUGAGACUGCUCGGGUCGCUGGUUAGAAGAGGUGUAUUUCUCAGAGAUGUCCACCACUGUGUCCCCAACUGUCCCCUCCAUGAGCUUCUCAGCGGACCAGAGGACUAUCGUCGUGGGUGCAUUCUGUUGUCUGGUGUUUUUCUUCAUGAUCGUGGUGCUGCUGUUGAUCCUGUACCGGAAGGUUCCUCUCUGCUGCAAAAUGAGGGUUUAUCAGGAAUCUCAUACUGACAUGGAAGCUCCUCCUCAGUACUACAACAGCAGACAGACUCUAGUUGCUUCAUCUGAUGUUGAGCAAACACACGACACGGGUCAUGAUAACGUCAAUGCACAGUCAGGCUCUUUGUUCCUCAUCGGUGUGCCCAGCAGCUACUACCUGUCCUCACUGGAGCCUCCUCUUCCUCGUCUGCCCUCGUACGAGAGUGUGCGCAAGAAAGACAGACAACGGCAGAUCCACAUGAUGAUAGCCGACCGCUUCGGCAUUGGCGGAUCUAUUGUGACGGAGCCUCCUCCCACAUAUGAGGAAAGCAUUCGUCAGUCCGUCCAGUCCAUUGACGUCCCCUUUGACAUCCUGGCACCCGAGGAGCGUCCGGUUACGGUCUCUGAGCCUGACACAGAUUUACCUGCUUAUGAAGCUCUACCUCACAUCACAGACUCACAAGAUCCCAAUGACACUGUCCAUUAAAGCACACUCACGCAAAGGGAAGAAUGCAGUCCAUCAUCCUCGCCGGGAAAUGAACAGCUGUUGAGCCAUCGAGGCCCUGACAGCUGAUCGCUCACCCGGCACUGUAACAGACGUGUGCGUGAAUCCGCUGUGCUUGCAAAAGACACCAAAAUACCAUAUGACUUGACCUAUGCAAUAACUUGCACUAGCACGCUACAGGAGGAGAAAGAUAAUGCAUCACUACUGGGAAAAAAGGGAGAGGAGAACAAGAAUAUGCAAGAAUUUAAGUUCUGGCUCUGUUAAAAACGGCAUCAAAUUCCUUCUAUAUAGAAUUAUAUUGACGGUAGAUAUUUCCAUGACUUUUCCAAACCCACAAAUUCCAUGAUAUAUAUAUAUGAAAAUGUUAUUUCAUUUUUAUUAUAAAAACAAAAGCUUCUUUUGGAAUAACAUCCUUUAAUGAAUUGUUCACAAUAACACUAUAGGGACAUUUAUAUAGAAAGUAAAUAAAGUCUAUUUUCAUAUUUUCACAUUGUUUAAUUUUUCUCAGAGAUGGCCGGUUCAUCUCAAACCAAAGUAGCAAUUGUUGUACUGUACUGAACGUUUAUGAAUGCUUAAAAAGGGACAUCUGAAGCCAUGUUUUGGACAUUACAGGGAAGAUUUCUUGUUUUUGCUAUUCUUUUAUUACUGUUUCAUCAUCAUAUGUGCUUUUGUAUGAGAGUUAUAUUCUUUUUGAAAAAUUAGCUUAUUUAGGUAGAACAGAUUGUAUCAUUAUUUUAGGCAGAGAGAAUGGAAAUUAGUUUUAAUUCAGUUUUUAACCACACUGGUGUCAUUUUUUUUCCUUUGUAAAUAUAUGUUCCCAACUAAAUGACACUUUGCUGAAAUUCUGUUUGUAGAAUCUCUCUUCUUGAUUUACCAUUUAUAAAUAUGUUCUUUGUUUCACUGUGAAUAAAGAUGGCAAAUACAGAGAAA